AUGCAAGUGUUGGUGUACAAGGUGAAGAAGAUGAAGAUGAAGUAUGGUGUAUAUGUUCAACAUACUUCUGAAGGCAAUAUGAUUCUAGUAUGUCUGUAUGUUGAUAACAUAUUGCUAAUAGGAAGUUGUGAACAUGAAAUAGCUAAGUUCAAGAAAGUGAUGAUGAAUGAGUUUGAGAUGCCUGAUCUAGGAAAUAUGACAUAUUUUCUGACGAUGGAGAUUAUGUACUCUGAGAAGGGUAUCACUUUGCAUCAACUGAAGUAUGAACUUGAACUUCUAAAGAUAUUUGAGUUAUUGAAUUAUAAAGUUAUGGUCACACCUUCAAAAACAAAUCACAAAUUGGAUUUUGAUCCUGAGGGUGAUGAUGUAGAUGCUACAACUUUCAAGCAGUUGGUUGGAUCUCUGAGGUAUCCGAGAGGUCCUAUUUCUUGGUGUUCCAAGAAACAAUCAGUUGUUGAUAUGUCAACCUGUGAAGCUGAAUAUAUUGUAGGUGUUAUGGCUGCAGGUCAAGUUGUUUGGUUUCUGAAUUUACUGCAGGAUCUUAAGAUCAAGUUACUUCUCUUCAUCCCUACAAUCUUAGAUCGUUCCUUAGCCUUAGAUUUAUAUAGUAACAUUAGAUAA